AUGCCGAUGUUUUCUCGCGACAUUAAUACGACAUCGGUAGCUGCACCGCCGGGAAGGUCCAUAUCCAUACCACGGACGACCCACCUGCAAAAAUUCGACCGAGCUACGCGACGCACUGAUGAGGAAAAUCCUGGAUACCCGGACUACGACAAACCAUUCCAUAUAUUCACGGACGCUAGUACUGUCGCUCAAGCCGGAGACCUCAUGCAAGAAGAACAGGUUGGUUCCAACAAAUUUUAUGCUAUCGCCUAUUGCAGCCGUACUCUUACCAGAGACGGAACGUCGUUGGCCCGCUGUCCAAAUAGAGCUAGGCGCCAUCAUUUACGCCCUCAGGCAGUUCAAACCGUAUAUUUGUAUGGCGCAGACCAGGGCUCAGUAGCUGCACCAGAGCAAGAAUUGCAGGAUAUUAUAGACUUCCCUGUCAGUUUACAGGUCAUUACUAACAAAACGGCGCCCCUCGCACCCGUGAGAUCUACCCGCACCUACAUCCGCGAUUGCCCGGAACUCAUCGACUUCCCACAGGAGCAGCAACAGGAUGGUUUCCUCCGCGUGGUAUGGCUCCUCGCGUCGGACCAACCCUUACAGAGCACUGUCACCGAUGAAGUACGGGCCAGAGCGCAAUCCGUAGCAGAUCGCGUACACAUAACUCCAGACGGAUGUAUGUAUUACAGGUUGACCAAGGCUAGCAAUGACAAACCCCUUCUACUGGUGCCACAAAAAUUUCAGAGCCUUCUUUUUAGCGCCCAUCAUAGCAGUGCACUCGGCGGACACACCGGCUGGAAGAAAGACCCUUGCCAAAGAUACUGCGCAAAUACUACUGGCCCACUAUAUACUCCGACGUGCGCAAGUGGUGUGAGGAAUGCCUCACCUGUCAGAUGA